GUUGGGCACUUGUGGAAAUAAGCGGUACUGUGACAGUAAGGGUGACAGUGACAUUUCUUCUGCUCUCCUCUUAACGGAAAAGUUGCGCAGGACCUGAGGGAGACUAUGGACUCGGAUGCCAGUCGAGUGUCCAGCAGGCCGUCCUCCCCCGAGGUGGAGGAUCUUUUUCUGUCCGCAGCGAGGAAGUCCGGGGGCGGCUUCUCAGGCGCCGUGUCCUCCACGCAGAGCGACUCCCCGCCGGAGCUGAGCGCGGAUCUGCGUGGCGUGUCGGCCCACGACGAGGACGCGCUCACCGUCAAGAUGCUCUCCAAGAAGGAUCGCAAGCUGCUGUCGGAGAGCGAGCUGCAGAGCAUGAGGCUGAAGAUCAACAGCCGGGAAAGGAAGAGGAUGCACGACCUGAACAUCGCCAUGGACGGGCUGCGCGAGGUCAUGCCCUACGCGCACGGGCCCUCGGUGCGCAAGCUCUCCAAAAUCGCCACUCUCCUCCUGGCCAGAAACUAUAUCCUGAUGCUGAGCAACUCCUUGGAAGAGAUGAAGAGGCUGGUGGGUGAGAUUUACGGCAGCGGCCACCACGGCAGCUUCCAUCCGGCGGCGUGCGGGACCAUGACGCACACGGGGCCCCUGCCGGGCCACCCGGCAGUGUCGCACGCCUCGCACCCGGUUCAUCACCCCUUGCUCCCGCCGCCAGUUUCCACAGCCGCCUCCCUGUCCGCCUCCGGCAUCUCGGCGGUGACCCCGGUCAGACCCCACCACGGACUCCUGAAAGCGCCCACGGCGGGCGCGGGGCCCCUGGGCAGCGGCUUCCAGCACUGGGGCGCCGGGAUGCCGUGUCCGUGCAGCAUGUGCCAGGUGCCGCCUCCGCACGUGUCUGGCAUCAGCGCCGUGAGCAUGCCGAGGCUUACAAGUGACUCGAAAUAACGGAAAGAAAGAAGGCUGUGAAACGAACUGUCUAGUUACCGGUGGUACCAGUCCGUAUCGGCACUGCUGGUGCGUCUCACUUCAAGGAACAUUCAUUUCAGGUUAUAAAUGCCUCGACACAGAUCACAAUAAAAGCGACUGAUACGUACAUGUGUAGUGCUCUGCUGAUGUAGAAAGAAAGAAUGUUCACAUACCGAUCGGUCUGUUUCGCCUCCUGAAAUCAAAUGGCACUGUGAUUGAGAAUGUCACCUUUCGAGGGAGGUGAAGAAGAGCUUUCCGCGCAAUGUCCCGCUCUUUUUCACGGCCCGGGGCGAAGUGGCUCUUCGGAUGAGGUGGAGAAACUUGUGACAGACCAGAGAAAACAGUAAAAAAAAAAAAAAAAAGAAACGUAGUAAAAGUUGUAGAUUAUGUUUGCACAUACUACUGUUUUUCUUGGUGCGUAAUUAAUGUUUUGAAACCAUGAAAUCUAACACUGGUAGCCUCCAUUAUAAUUAUUAUCAUCAUCAUCAUCAUCAUUAUUACACAUACACACACACAUUUAAAAGGGAAGAACACUUUCAUAUUCAGCCAUAUGAUUGAAUUUUCUCGAUUGUUUCAUUUUCCCACAAGACUGAAAUUGUCCAUUUGAACGUGUAAAUAUGUAGAGCUAUGAUUGUGUUUAUAUAGUAUGAGAGAUUUUAUAUUAGAGCUCUGUUGGUGCGCUGGGAGUGACCUGAGGCUCUUGAAGGCUCUUCAGCUCCCAGCUGCCUAAGAACCCCCUCAUGGUCCCUUCUCCCCAUAACUGGUGGUCUGCUGUCUAAUCCCCAAUAGAAACACUCUCGGGCUCAUGCUAACCCAGUAUUUCACCUGUUAAUGCUUUUUUUUUUUUUUUUUUUUUUUUAUUUGGUUUUAUUGCCAAACAUGUCACUGCCAGGCACAAAAAUGGUCGCCUCUUUAUUUUUGUAUGGAAACUGCUAAAUGAUAUUUAUUUACUUAUUUUACUGGAAUUUUAAAUGAACGAGUGAUAAUAUGUUGGCAUUUUAAAUGUUAAUAAAAGAUUUAAUUGAUGGG